AUUGCUCCGCUUCCUGCAGACUUGUACCUCGAUCUGAAGGCAACGGACUAUCAGCAGAUUUUUGGUUCCGCUGCAGAAAUGGCCUAGACUGCGCCGAGAGCAACAAAAGCCAAAUGAUCUGCUCUUGUUUUGGAGUCGGCAGAGAGAAUAAUUUAACCAUUUUGUAAGGCGCUGGCUUGGGGAAACCAGGGAGUUUGUUACGGUACUUAGAGGAGCAACGAGGCGGACGGAUAAUGCCACAUUGCCUGUGGCCAGAGCCGCUGACCCCCGCACAAUUGAAGCGGCUGGAGGAGCAUAAAUACAGCGCUUCGGGUCGCUCCCUGUUCGAGCCUCCGUGCCAAGUCUACUGGAACUGGCUGGUCCUACAGAUACCGACAUGGGUCGCACCAAACACGCUGACUAUUGUUGGCCUCUUGAUAAACAUCCUCUCCACGGUGGUGCUGGUUUGGUACUGUCCUACGGCAACGGAAGAGGCUCCAUCUUGGGCCUUCCUCCUGUCUGCUCUGGGUCUCUUCAUUUAUCAGUCUCUGGACGCGAUUGAUGGGAAACAGGCCAGGAGGACGAACAGCAGCUCUCCGCUCGGGGAACUGUUCGACCACGGCUGUGAUGCCGUCUCCACAGUGGUUGUUGCUGUGGGAACCUGCAUUUCAUGCGGAAUAGGAAGAUACCCUAACUACAUUUUCUUCUGCGGCUUCAUUGGGAUGUUUAUGUUUUUCUGUGCCCACUGGCAGACCUACGUAUCCGGGACCCUCCGCUUUGGGCUCGUCGACGUCACAGAGGUGCAGAUUGCCAUCAUCAUCAUGUACCUGAUGUCUGCAUUCGGAGGCGUGAGCCUUUGGGAAAACGUGCUGCCUGUUGUAGGAGUGCCGCUGUACGCUUUCCCCAUCAUGGGUAUCAUCGGAGGCGCCUUGUACUCCUGCUACAACUACUUCUAUGUGAUUCUGAAUGGAGGCGUUGGGAAGAAUGGCUCCACUGUGGCUGACACCAGCGUCCUGACUCCUGGUCUGCACAUCGGCCUUGUCCUCACGCUGGCCUUCAUCAUUUUUAAGAAGUCAUCCAGCCAUCUGUUUGAGAACCAUCCCUGUCUGUACCUGCUGACCUUCGGCAUGGUCAUCGCCAAGAUCUCCAACAAGCUGGUGAUAGCACACAUGACCAGGAGUGAGUUAUAUCUUCCAGACACAACCUUCAUCGGCCCCGGCCUCCUCUUCCUCAACCAGUAUUUUAACAGCUUCGUUGAUGAACACAUAGUCCUCUGGAUCGCAAUGGUCCUUUCUCUGGUGGAUCUGACACGGUACUGCACAGGCGUGUGCCUCCAGAUCGCCUCACACCUGCGCAUCCAGGUGUUUAGUAUCACGCCGCAGCCCAACGCCCACCGUGAUUGACAAGUUGCCCGGCGGGAGGAGGCGGGAGGAGACGCAGAUCUCUCCCCGCUGCUGAAAGCAGACGAUGACGAACUCGGCGAGGAAAGACCCUUAGCCCCGAGCCACUGCAGCCUUGACAAAGUAACCACCUCCGAUUAAAAAACUGCCUCACUCAGAAAAAAGGAACAAACAAACCAAUCCAACACUGCAAACCAAAAAAAAAGAAAAUAGCUUGAAAAGCUGGUGCAUGCUGUCAUGAAAGUCAUUGAUUUUUAUCUCAACCAAAAUACCAAAUGUUUUUAUUAUAUUAAACCAUUAUUCAUUAUUAAUUUGAAAGCAUGGCAGAGUUUAUUUUUUUAAUUCUCCAUAGAUUUGACUCUAAAACCAAACAUGGACUCUAUGUGUUCUGAAACUAAAUAGAUUGCCCAAUGAAUUAUUUUUCUAAAUAACCCAUUGUUUAUUUAUUCAGUGUUCCAACGUGGAACAAAUCAGGGCUUUAAAAUUAAAACAUUUUAAUUCAAAUCAAGUCUCCAAUAUGAAGUGGUGGAUUGUCAAAGAGCUCUGUGAAGGGGUAAGAGUCACGUGUUGAUGCUGAAAACGACGACAGGUCCAUUUGUAGGUUAUUCCACCAACGUCACUCUAAUUUAAAGAGAAUUUACUCACCAUUAUGUUUAGUUAAUAAAACAUCCAUACGUUGGUAUUUAGAGCGCUGUCGACUCAUGAAGCGUUAACACUCGACUCGUUCUGCUUUCUUAUUUCUUCUCCCUAAAGGGCUAAUACGUAAUUAUGUAUGAUUGUACAGAAAUCAACUGAAUACGCCUUAAAUAUUUUUGUUUGUAAUUACUGUCUUAUGAGUAUUUAAAGCAGAUUUGUAUGGUUUUGUGUCUUUACUUUCACUAACGCUUGCCAGAUACAGCAAUACUUACAAUACAACUCGACUGGAAGAUUUUUUGGUUUUAGUUUUAACUUUUCACCUAGAUUAGUGAAUUUCAGUUGUGUUAUUUGGUAACGUGAUUAUUAGUAAUUGUAUAUUGACUGAUUAUCAUGGAAAUAUUGUACUUUGGUGCACUGGGAUCAGAAGGGACUUUUCCAGAGGCUGUAAAAUGUCCUGGAUUUUAUUUUGGAAAACUUUCAUCUCACAUUCUGCUUUUGCGCCAUUACAAGCCUGACAGAGGAACGUGUAUUAACACACUAUUUUGCAUCAUUUUCAGAUGAAUGUUUGAACUAUGCAUUGACAUGUAAUUUGAUUCCAAUCACCUCAUUGUACUGUUCAGUUAUACAGUCAAACAUUUCUAAUAACAGAUGUGAAUGAAAAGAUUGUAAUAAAGAUCAUAUUUUUCAUCGUUUU